AUGUUGUUAAUCAUUUCGAUCCUCCUAUACCUCUCCAGUGUAUCUCAAUCACUAUUCUUACCAAAUAAACCCAAUGUGUCUUCGUAUUCUGGCUUUAAAGUCGAAUGUCAGGUUUCCCUAAGUAACUUCCCGUCCAAUGAAUUUCAUCUACUUUAUUAUCUAGAUAAUAAGUUGAUCUGGGAUAAACCCUUGAAUGACUCUACAAUCCCCUGGACUAAGCCCAUUCGUUUAAAUGACAUCCCUGGGAAAACCACUAGUUUGGUUCUAGCAAGAAGAAAAUCUUUUGCAUUGAGAAAAUAUCCAAUAUACUUCCCUGACUCUUUGAUAGGAGCAAUCUUCGACGGAAUGACUAAUACUACACUUAGUCCCUUGGUUGCAGAUGAUCUUAUCUCAAAUUACUACAUUCAAGUGAGUCGAUCUCUAGGUAUUAUCUUACAUUUACCAAUUCUUCUCACUCCCAAUACUGACUCAACAAAGUUCAAUUUCUUGCAGGAAUUGACAGAUUGGGACAAGCACUUGAAGAUAAACGAGGACUACAAGUACUACUACAACUCCAAGUAUUCUGUCCGAAAGUCUUUAGACUUCUUCAUAAAUAACUUAAAUAAUAUAAAGUAUGUUAAAAAGUUCAUCAACCUAAACAAAAAUCUCAGUGGUGAUUUUGUUCUCAUCAAACUCUUCUUACUAGGCAAACAUUCAAAAGCCCAGUUCGGGAAAGCCUUAGCUAACUAUGAUAGUCUAAUGCAAUACAAUUGA